GGCAUAACCCACAAAAGCAACACCAACAAUACCAACAACAACAAUGGGCUCCGCCCUCUCCAUCCUCAACCACCUUCCCCCCUGGGAGCACCUCAUCCACCCAACCCCAGAAAUCUACACUCAUUUCCUCAACAUCUUCCAAUACUUCCCACUCGUAUCCCUCCUCCAAUGGCUAACCUCCUACCACCCAGCGGGCAAAACCUCUCUGAAAUUCUCCCCCCUAAACCUCCCCGGCCGCUGGGCCUGGUGCAUCAUGGAAAUAGUAUCCCCCAUGACCCUCCUCUACCUACUCUACAGUUUACCCAAACACUACCCAGACUUAACCCUCUCCCCAUCACUGUCUACACUCCCCACGGGUAACAAAUUCCUCGCUUUCCUCUUCACCCUGCACUACACCAACCGCGCCAUCAUCUCCCCGUUCUUCGCGGCGCCCAGCAUCUCCCCUAUUCAUGUGAUUAUUGCCUCCUCUGCGGUGGCGUUUAAUUGGUUCAAUGCCGUUUGUUUGGGUGGUUGGUUGGCUGGGUAUAUUGUUCCUUAUUCUACCUCUACCUCUUCUUAUUCUUCUUCUUAUGCUUCUGGUGGAAGUAUAGGAAGAGCCUGGCUCGCUCCACUAGGCCUCACCCUCUUCCUGGGAGGAAUGGCAGGGAAUAUCUCUGCGGAGCGGACGUUGUUCAGGCUACGGAGGGAAGAGGCGCAUCGGAAGAAGCCAUCUCCUUCCCCUCCUUCUACCUCCUCAUCAUCUACCAAAAGUGCUACCAAGGCCGGAGGCAAGGAAAAAGGAGGAAGAAAUAUCUACUCCAAAAUAUACACCAUCCCGCCCCCCACCGGCCUCUUCACAUCCAUUCUCUAUCCGCAUUACGUAGCGGAGUGGAUUGAGUGGCUUGGGUUUGCGAUCUUAGCUGCUGGGAUUGUCACCACCGCACCUUCGGUUAAAGUUGGUGGUAGUGGUGCUGGUGCUGCUGGGGAUGGUUCCUUCCAGCUGGCGCCGUGGCUCGUCCCUGUUGCGAAAUUAGCUGACUGGAUGGGCGUGCCGAUGCCGUUGCCUGCGGUGGUGUUUCUGGUUAAUGCGGUGUCGAAUAUGUUGCCGCAUGCGAGAUGGGGGAGGAAGUGGUAUGUUGAGAAGUUUGGGGAGGGGAUGGUUAAGGGACGGGGAGCGGUGGUGCCCUUUUUUAGCUGGUUGUGA